AUGCGUUCUUCACUUUUCGCUGUCGCUGCAGCAUUUGCUGCUGUCAAUGCUCAGGGAGCUCAACCUGCUCCUUCUUCCACGGUCGUCGCUGAUCCCGGCACUCUUCCACUUGGUGCUGAUUGUGCAAACACUGAACAAUGUGCUGGAGGCGCCCAAUGCUAUGCCAGCAACUUCAUGCAGAUAACCCAGUGCGGCAAAUACAACGCCGAAUGCCAGAACGACUCACAAUGCGCAACCAAUUUCUGCGCCGGCGGUCUUUGCAGCGGACCAUUGCCUCAAUCAGAGUGGUUGAUGCCUACCUCUCUCCAAUAUUUCCCAUCAUCUACUGCUACAUCGAGUGUUGUUGCUCCCUCGACAUCUUCGGCUGAAGGCAUCCAACCCGCUCCUUCGUCUACUGUUGUCGCUGCAGCUGGCUCUCUCCCUCUCGGCGCCGAGUGCGCAAACACGGAGCAAUGCGCUGGAGGAGCAGAGUGCUUCGCGUCUACAGCAUGGCUCAUCAAGUCUUGCGGAAAGUUCAAUGCUGCUUGCAGCAACGACUCGCAAUGCGCAACCAACACUUGCAACAAUGGCUUGUGCAAUGGCUUCCUUGCUUCAUCACUCUGGCUGCAGCCUACUUCCAUUGCUAGUACCGCAUCUUCCACUUCGCCUGCUCCUUCAGCCACUGGCACUCUUCCUAUCGGCGCCGAAUGCGCAAGCAAUGAACAGUGUACUGCCGGAUCCCAAUGUUCUGCCUCUGCAAUCUAUCUUGCCAAGUCUUGCGUACCCGCCAGCACCGUCUUACCGACUGCUCCCAUCUCAUCAGACUACGUACCGUACUCCACCCGCACACGCACUACUGUCUCCUCUGUCCCUACUAUCCCCUCUAUCCUUAUUCCUCUCGGCAANAGCUGCAACGCCACCUCCCAAUGCGCAAAUGGCGCUGAAUGCACAGUCUCCUCUGCAUACCAGGAAGCCGCUGCCGGCAUGGUGUGUGGACCUUUCAACGCCACAUGCACCGAUUCCUCACAAUGCAGCUACAACUCUUGCUUUGAUGGCAGAUGUAUUGGCUUGGUUGGUUACGAGUAUGCCACUUCUACGGCGAUCGUGUCGGGAAAGCCUACGUUGAUUGCUGUUAAUGGCACUAGUGUGGGCGCGGGUACUGCGAAGACUGUGACGCCUACUUCGAGUGUUGUGCCGUAUACUGGUGCUGCUGCUAGGGUUGGUGUUGAGGGGGUUGUUGCUGCUGUGCUUGGUGCUGUUGCUUUUUGCUGUAAAUGUAAUGUAUACAUGAAUAUUGAUGUAUAG